AUGACUUUCAAGAUUGGAGACAACUCAAGAUGCAUAGAUGGAAUAUGCCAUAUUAAACCAGAGUAUCUUAUUCCGCGCGUUAUAGAAAAGCCGAUCGAAAAUGUUGCUAUCCCACUGGAAAAGAACGAUACCGUCAACAACAAUGGGAAUGCGAGCGAGUCUACCGAGCCUCCGGAAAAGAAGGGUCGCUUUGAUGGUAACACUGGCGAAGGACAUGGGAAGCGAAAGAAAAACCGUGGUCAAAACAAAUCACGCGGCUUACCGUUCAAGGAGGAGGACGCAUUAAGACUGUGCAAAUCUUUACUGGAUGGAAAUCUAGGGGAAAAUGCUACCAAGAAGUGCAGCAACGCAAAUUGCCGCUUUUCCCACGAUCUUGACAAAUUUCUGCAGCUGAAGCCGAAGGAUAUUGAUGGAAAGUGUUACAUCUAUACGACGAAGGGCUACUGCAGCUUUGGCGUUACUUGUCGGUUUGCCGGAGCGCAUCUGGACGACAGCAAUAGGAAUAUUUAUCCGGAAGAUUUCAAACACGAUAAUGCAAUGCUUGUUUCAACGUGGUUAAAUCCGGAUCUACAGCAUACGCUGCGAAAGAAAAAGUAUAAUUUCAGUCAAUCAAACAAAUUUGUAAGCAAGUUUGAGCGACUUCUGCGGGAGGAAAAAAAAGAAAAAGACAAUGCUGAGCGGAAGUCAUCACCGGAAGCAGGCAAACCGGUUGGUUCCGUAACGGAUGAAGACAUAAUCAAGCUUCGCAGUGCAGAACGGAAGCGUAUCGUAUUCCGUGACAAGCUCUACCUCAGUCCACUGACUACGGUUGGAAACCUUCCAUUCCGGCGAAUCUGCAAAGAGUACGGUGUCGAUAUAACGUGCGGCGAGAUGGCAUGUGCCAUACCAAUCAUUAGCGGUGCCACCCAAGAGUGGGCUCUAACAAAGCGUCACGCGAGCGAGGAUUUAUUCGGCGUACAGCUGUGUGGUCACAACUCGAAGCUAGUCACUAGCGCGGCACAAAUCAUCGCUGAGAAAGCGGACGUAGACUUCAUCGAUCUGAACACGGGCUGUCCAAUCGAUCUCAUCUUCAAUCAGGGCGGUGGCAGUGCGCUACUCCGUCGCCAGAACGUGCUACAGGUGAUGGUGCAGAGCUGUGCGCGCGUGCUAGCUGACUAUGGGAAAGAGUUUACGGUAAAAACGCGUAUCGGCAUCUACACGAACAAGCUGAUCGCACACGAAAUGGUACCGAAGUUUGAAGAGUGGGGUGCCAGUUUGAUCACGAUCCAUGGCCGCACCAAGGAACAGCGUUACACGAAACGGGCGGAUUGGGAAUACCUGCAGCAAUGUGCUGCACAGGCCAACUCGGUUCCGGUGUUUGGCAAUGGGGACAUUUUUUGUUACGAUGAUUAUGAAACUAUUCGCGAAAAGUGUCCCAACAUAGCGGGAGUGAUGGUGGGCCGUGGAGCACUCAUUAAACCCUGGGUGUUUCAGGAGAUUAAGGAAAGGAAAACGCUCGAUCCGUCCAGCGCGGAACGGUUCGAGAUGCUGAAACGUUACGUCAACUAUGGGCUCGAGCAUUGGGGCAGUGACACAAAGGGUGUUGAGACUACCCGACGCUUUCUACUCGAGUGGCAAUCGUUCCUCUAUCGUUAUGUACCGUACGGCUUAUUAGAGAAACCUCCGCAACGCAUCAACGAGCGUCCGGAAGCGUAUCGUGGACGGGAUGAUUUGGAGACCCUGAUGGCAUCCCCAAAUUGUAAUGAUUGGGUCAAAUUAAGUGAAAUGUUACUUGGACCCGUUCCAGAGGGAUUUAAAUUUGUGCCCAAACACAAAGCUAAUGCUUACUGA